AUGGUGUACUGGUUCCACUGUGUUCCCAGUGAGGAAAGAAGCUGGAUUGACAAUGUUAGUGACCACAAUCUCCACAUCAUCCUGUUCCACCAGUAUGGACUGGUGCAGUGGAGGUUUGUCUCUGCCUCAGAGCUGGAGCUGGUGCAGAACUCUGUCCUCACCAACCCCACAGACCAAAGCACCUCGGUUCCCCCACUGCUGAGGGUCAUCUGUGUCCACAUUGACUGGGCUGUCAUCUUCCCCCAGCCCAUCAGGAUGUUCUUCUUCCUGCUCAACCUGGCCCUCACUGACCUGGGCUCCAUCUGCACCACUGUCCCCAAAGCCAUGCACAAUUCCCUCUGGCACACCAACAACAUCUCCUACUCUGCAUGUGCUGCUCAGGUGUUUCUGGUUUUCUUCUUUCUUGGAACAGAGUUUUCCCUCCUGACCAUCAUGAGCUACGACCGCUACGUGUCCAUCUGCAAACCCCUGCACUACGGGACCCUCCUGGGCAGCAGAGCUUGUGCCCACAUGGCAGCAGCUGCCUGGGCCAGUGCCUUUCUCAAUGCUCUGCUGCACACAGCCAAUACAUUUUCCUUGCCCCUGUGCCAUGGCAAUGCCCUGGGCCAGUUCUUCUGUGAAAUCCCACAGAUCCUCAAACUCUCCUGCUCCAAAUCCUACCUCAGGGAACUUGGGCUCCUUGCUGUUAGUGCUUUUCCUUUCUUUGGUUGUUUUGUGUUCAUUGUUUUCUCCUAUGUGCAGAUCUUCAGGGCCGUGCUGAGGAUCCCCUCUGAGCAGGGACGGCACAAAGCCUUUUCCACCUGCCUCCCUCACCUGGCCGUGGUUUCCCUGUUUAUUAGCACUGGGGUUUUUGCCUACCUGAAGCCCCCCUCCAUCUCCUCCCCAUCCCUGGAUCUGGCCCUGUCAGUUCUGUACUCAGUGGUGCCUCCAGCCCUGAACCCCCUCAUCUACAGCCUGAGGAACCAGGAGCUCAAGUUGAUGAGGAAAGUUUCAACUUCAGUUAUGGACAAAUAUUACAAGAAGAACUAA